UGCGAAAGUGUAAAUUAUUAGGAAUUAUUUUUAAAUAUUAUGAUUUUGACCAAUCAAGUACACCGGUUCUCUCGAGCGCUCCGCCCAAACCUUGACGUCUGGCGCCACCUGAUUACAACGUGUUGGGCCACUUCAACCAUUGAUAAAUCAUGCCGUCUGGUAGUGUUCUGCUGUUUACUCAGCGACGGUAGACAAGUUUCAAAAGAUAGACCAAGAGAAUUCCAAAGGAAUCAGAUUUUCUCAAGAUAGUUAUGCCUUCAUGCUAGAGUGUUCAUAGGAAAUGUGCGAUUUCGACUUUCUCCACAUCUUCCAGUUAAUCGUUUGCUCUCUUUCCUUAUCGUGCACGAUCGCGCGAAACUGUGGUUCAUCGUGCAUAAACAAGGUUGGAAUAUCUCAGUAUCGUUGGUCUUAAUUGGAAAGCCGAGCGAAACUAGAGAUAAAAGGGAUACCAGGCACGGGAUUUGUUGGAUAGUUCUCACAAAGUUUGGAGACUGAAUCUAAGGUAUCUAAAAGGGCUCGGAAAACCAUGCAGUCGGACGUCUUUUCACUUCACCAGAUGGAAGCCAUCAAAGUCAAAGUUACGAAAUGUGACGGUGUGAAGGAUCCAGUUUACAAAAAAUUCUGCAUUGAUCCCCGUAUCACUUCUUUCGAUAUCCUGCGAAAAUUAUUGGCUAAAGCAUUGGAGAUCAAAAGCGAUUUUACAAUCAGCUAUCAAGCGCGCGAUGAAUGUAACAGGCCAACUUAUUUAUCGCUUCUAUCUGACUGGGAUCUCGAUGCAGCACUGUUAAGCUAUGCGGAUCCUUGUCUGCGUUUGAAGGUUGAUGUGCAGCCAUUUGUGGACGGUUUUGAUGACUGGGACAUUAUCCGUCCUCUAGAUCUACCCGAACCAGGCAGCACAGUUCGUCCUCCAGCAACGCGUGGCGCGUCUUUCCGUGAACGCUUGUCGUCCUUGGGCCGUCCUAUGGAGUUAGUCCAAAAGGCCUUAAACUUAACGGCAAGCGAUCCCGAUGAGGAAGCGCGGUCACCAAAGGCCCCCAUGACCGAUCCGGAGUAUCGGAAUUUUCUUGACUCCGCCGGGCGUCUGGUACGUCCCAUGGAUCUUCGGCGAUCGGUAUAUUUGGGAGGUGUGGACCAGCAUGUCAGAAAAUAUGUCUGGCGGCUGAUUUUGAAUGUAUUCCCGGAUAAUCUCACUGGGCAGGAACGGCUGGAUUAUAUGAAGAGAAAAUCGAAGGAAUAUUACGAUUUACGAGAGAAAUGUCAGAAAUCCAUAAGGGAUGAUCAGCUUCCACACAUUUCUAUCAGUAAUCUGGUAAAGAAGGAUGUCUUACGAACGGACAGAUCACAAAAGUUCUAUGCGGGAUCGGAUGAUAAUAAAAACAUUGUUGCUUUGUAUCAUAUUUUGACGACAUACGCAUUGACCCAUCCAUCUGUUUCGUACUGUCAAGGGAUGAGUGAUCUGGCAUCACCGCUUCUCUAUGUCAUGCGUGAUGAAGCUCACGCUUACAUCUGUUUCUGUGGCUUAAUGAAACGAAUGAAGAAAAAUUUCCGACGAGACAGCGAGAGCAUGAUGAUAAAGUUUGAGCAUUUGCGUCGAUUGCUGAAUUAUUACGAUCCAGAAUUUGGUGCAUAUCUUGCUGAGAACGACUCGGAUGAUCUGCUGUUUUGUUAUCGGUGGCUGUUGGUUGAAAUGAAACGAGAGUUCGGUUUUGAGGAUUCACUGCGAGCCUUGGAGGUCAUCUGGAGCUCGCUGCCGCCUGAUCCACCUCAGGGUGAAAUCGACCUGGCCGAGCCGCAAAUUGAAGAUAAUGUGUUUUGUGAUUGUGAAUAUUCAAAUCGUUCCCGGUUUCACCAGUACGGGUGUUCUUCGAAAUUCUCAUCGGGAAGAGGAAGUGCUCAUCCCAGCAAAACUGGAAGUGAGAAUGGUGACACUGAGAGAGACGAUUUAUCUUCGGGCGACUCAGAGGAGUUAGUGUUGCUGCAGAACUCCCUUACCGAGCGAAUGGGAAAGGAAUUCGAAUAUUUGGGUGUAAAAUCGAAAUCCCCACAUUGCUCCGGUUCACAUAGUCGGGGAUCCACGGCGUCUCCUUCACCGCGAUCACUAUCCAUGUUGAGCAUGGACGAGACGUUAACGGACUCGAAGAUCGACUCUCUGCGCUCACUAUCUCCAGCCGUUACUCCCGGCGAUAUUGUUGAGGGAUUGUGUGUGACAGAUUUAUAUCGGAAUGGGGAUAGUUCACGAGCUUGGCCCCAAAGUAUUAUGGACUCAGGCAUCACCGAUACAUCCUCCAAUGAACUGAAAAACUCUUCCGAUCUUCCGCCACCGGAUAAGCUUGGUGAUGGGAACCCGUUUCUCCUGUUUGUGUGUCUUACGAUAUUGUUACACAAUCGGAAUCACUUGUUGGCUAACAAAACGCAGCAUCAUUUCGAGUUGGCCAUGUAUUUUGAUCGCAUGAUUAAAAAAUACAACCUCGUAAAGAUUUUGGCGGAUGCGCGGAAAAUGUUUGGAGAUUAUUUGAAGCUGCAGCAUCUACAGCAGCAGCAGCGGGCCAUUGAGAACAGCUCAGAGGAGACGCACAGUUCUUUCUAAGGGUACUCAAGAGUAGUUGUACGGUGUUUUCAUUUUGGCAUUGGUUACAGGUGUUAUCUGUUUUGUUAAUUAAUGGGUUGUUGAAGUAUAGCCGACUCGGUUUGGCUGCACUACCGUAAUUGACAGUGGUUGGUGAUCUUUUUGCGUAUUUUGUACUGAGAUAUUUUUAUACAGCAGUUGGUUUAUUUGGUUUUUAUAUACGUGUACAUGCAUGACUCAGGUCUGUGAUUUUGGGAUUUUGAACGUAAUUAUUAUUACGAAAUUCUAACCGCGCUGAAUAUUUUGAAGUUUCCCGUGACUUUUAUUAAUAAAUUGGACGAUAGCGCUGUGG